AUGCAACCAGAGAGGAACUUCCAGAGUUUGGGCUCUAGAUACAGGCAAAACUCUUUCAUGUAUGAUGUGAAGCGAGAUGUGUACAAUGAGGAGACCUUUCAACAGGAACACAGAAGGAAGACCACUUUCUCUGGGAACUUGGAUAUCGACAUCAGCACUGUCAGUCACCAUGUCCAGUGCCGCUGCUCAUGGCACAAGUUUCGAAGAUGCAUGCUUACAAUCUUUCCCUUCCUAGAGUGGAUGUGUUUUUAUCGAUUCAAGGAUUGGCUUCUUGGAGACUUACUUGCUGGGAUAAGUGUUGGCCUUGUGCAAGUUCCCCAAGGCCUGACGUUUGGUUUGCUGGCAAGGCAACUGAUUCCUCCUCUCAAUGUCUCUUAUGCAGCUUUCUGUGCUUCAAUAAUUUAUGGAAUUUGGGGAUCAUGUCGUCAAAUGUCCAUUGGUACAUUCUUCCUUGUGAGUGCUCUGACCAUCAAUGUCCUGAGGACGUACCCAUUCAACAGUGGCCACCUAAUACUGGGAACUUUCAUCAAGGAUGACUUUUCUAACCUCUCCUUCUUUGAGAACUAUAACAAAUCCUUGAGUGUGGUGGCAUCCACAACGUUGCUGACUGGGAUUAUUCAGCUAUCAAUGGGCAUGUUGGGUUUUGGCUUCAUUAUCACUUACAUUCCGGAGGCUGCAAUCAGUGCUUACCUGGCUGCCACGGCACUACACAUCAUGCUGUCCCAGUUGACCUGCAUCUUCGGGAUUAUGAUUAGUUUCCAUUCUGGUCCCAUCUCCUUCUUCUAUAACAUAAUUAACUACUGUAUAGGUCUCCCCAAAGCUAAUUCCACCAGCAUCUUACUAUUUCUAACUGCUAUUGUUGCUCUGAGAAUCAACAAAUGUAUCAGAAUUUCCUACAAUCAGUACCCCAUCAAGUUUCCCAUGGAAAUUUUUCUGAUUCUUGGGUUUGCUGCAUUUGCAAACAAGGUAAACGUGGACACAGAAAACAGCAAGAUGCUCAUUGAUAUGAUUCCUUAUAGCUUCCUGUUUCCUGUAACGCCAGAUAUGAGCAAUCUUACUGAAGUUCUUUUAGAAGCGUUCUCCUUAGCUUUAGUGAGCUCCUCUCUGCUCAUAUUUCUGGGCAGGAAGAUUGCCAGUUUCCAUAACUAUGAUGUCAAUUCCAACCAGGAUUUAAUAGCCAUUGGCCUUUGCAAUGUCGUCAGUUCAUUUUUCAGAUCUUAUGUGUUUACUGGUGCUGUUGUCAGGACUAUUAUCCAGGAUAAAGCUGGAGGAAGACAACAGCUUGCAUCUCUGGUAGGCGCAGGUGUGAUGCUGCUCCUGAUGGUGAAGGUGGGACGCUUUUUCUACAAACUGCCAAAUGCUGUGCUGGCUGGUAUUAUUCUGAGCAAUGUCCUACCCUACCUUGAAACCAUUUACAACUUACCCAAUCUGUGGAGGCAGAACCAAUAUGACUGUCUCAUUUGGAUGGUGACAUUCACAUCUGCAAUUUUACUGGGACUGGACAUUGGAUUACUUGUUUCAGUAGCUUUUACCUUCUUCAUCAUCACUGUUCAGUCACACAGAACUAAGAUUCUCCUCCUGGGUCAGAUCCCUAACACCAAUAUUUAUAGAAGCUUCCAUGACUAUCAGGAGGUUACAAACAUUCCAGGGGUGAAGAUCUUCCAGUGCUGCAACUCCAUUACAUUUGUCAAUGUUCACUACCUAAAGCGCAAGCUGUUAGAGGGGGUUGAAAUGGUAAAGGUGCCUCUUAUAGAAGAAGAAAUUUACAGCCUGUUUAAUCAAAAUGAAGAUGGCCCCCAGCAAGGAAAGCUUUGUUGGUGUAUCUGCAACUGUGAUGAACCGGAGCCACCGCCCAGGGUUGUUUACACAGAACGAUUUGAAAGUAAACGGGGCCUCGACUCGUCCUCCAUUAACCUGGUCCGCUGCUCACGUUUCAAAAUCAUGGACACAAGCCAGACUAUGUCCGAUGACCAAGUACCGUACGUAAAAUCUUCCACAUCCCAGAGAAAUCCAAACUACAAGGAGGUGGAGAAAGUUCGGCUUUCUGAUGACGCCUCUAGGAGCAUGUUGAUCACACUCCCUGAUGCUUCUGAAACUCAGGUUGGGGGUAGAACACUCCUGCCUUACUCGACUUCAUCUCUUUUACCCAGCAUCCACACCAUCAUCCUGGACUUCUCCAUGGUACAUCUUGUGGAUGCACAGGCUUUGGUCGUACUAAGACAGAUGUUCAGUGCUUUCCAAAACGCCAACAUCUUGGUGCUCAUUGCAGGGUGUCACUCUUCUGUGGUCAGGGCACUUGAGAAGAAUGAUUUCUUUGACGCUGGCAUCACUAAGGGCCAGCUGUUCCUCACCCUCCACGAUGCUGUGCUGUUUGCUUUGUCAAGGAAGUUGCCAGAGUCCUCCGAGUUAAGUGUGGACAAAUCGGAUACAGUGAUACAAGAAGCCUACUCAGAAACAGACAAGAAAGAAGAAUCAAAACAUAAAAUGAGCAGCCGUCUUAUAGAAGCCCCCAGAAGUAAAAGUCCAGCCUUCACCAUACUCCAGGACCCAGUAACAGAGGAGGAAUCAGAGCUAGACUUUGAUCUGUAUCCCACGCAGGAGUCAGAACAAGAGACUGGGCUAGAUCCGGACCUAGACCUGGAUCACGAGAUGGAGCCUGAGUCAGAGCUGGAGCCUGAAUGUGAGCUGGAUCCAGAGACAGAGACCAAGCCUGAGCCCACAUCCAGGCCAAGCUCUCAGCAGCAGUACUAGCCUCUGUAUCAGUUUAUAACUCCCCAGUCCCCACCUCAGACUCAGCCUAGGACACAGUCAGUAGAGAGGAAGCAUCAGCUUAUGAAUUCAUUUACAUCCCAGAGCAACGCCAGUGAGGAUACCUUGUAG